AUGCUGGAGCAGCGCAUGCAGAAGCGCCAAGUCAAGGAGUUCAUGGGGGCAAAGGCCUUUGGCGGCCUCGUAGAGCACUGCUUUACGUCAUGCGUCGACGACUUCACCUCCAAGGCCGUGUCGACCCGCGAAAACGGCUGCAUCAACCGCUGUGUUAUGAAGUGGAUGGCCACGCAGCAGCGUGUCAGCGACCGUUUCCAGGAGCAUAACGCACAGCUCACGCAGCAGAUGCAGAAUAAGUAA